CUUUUUCGCAGCGGGAUCUCCGUGCCAGGGUUUUGUAUGCUGCAGAGUUGUCACCAAUAGAGCAACUGAUCAAGCUAUGACUAAUUUGAGCUCAUAUAACAGCAAUUUCCCCCAUCCUGACGACCAUCCCGACGACCAUCCCGACGAUUUAGCUACUUGCCUCAUCAACAUAAAACACAAUGCAGUGAAAGAUGAAAAUGAACCCAAUAACCGUUUGCUAAAUGUGCCAUCAAUACUUCCCAUGAAGCGCAAAUUUUCAAGAACUGAACUCGAAUCAAAUUGUAAAGUUCAUUUACGUCGACAAUCAAAUAAUUUCUUAAAUUUGAACGGUAAAUAUUAUAGUGGAAAGGGAGGAGCAAUGGCAGCAACCACCACACCAACACCACUCUCAAACAAAGCUCAGUCUUCGCUUGAUCAUGAGCUCAACACUUUUGCCUUGCCCGCCCUGGUUCUUGCGCCGUUCGAGCCUCCACCUUGGCUUGAAUUUGGCAAGGUUGUUGUGGGUACGAAAAAGACAGCUACUCUGAUAGUACUGAACCCAACCGACCAAGCUGAGAGGUUGACCCUGGAUCCUACCUGCAGGAUGGAAGAGAAAGGUUUUAAUAUCACCGAACUGGACCCUCUUCAGACAAAAGCGAAUAACAGUGCUAGUGAGGCAUUGGUCUUGUCACCGCGAAGCAAAAUGGAGAUUAGCAUCUGCUGGACACCACUCACUACAGGAAGCAUUCGUACCAGUGCUAUCCUCAAAUCCAAUUCAAGACGAUUCAUUGUGAAUCUUCGCGGGUGCGGUGAGGUUCCGAUUGCUGAAUACCAAAGCUUCGGUAGCUCACGGCGGUCAUCAGCUACUAGUUCACGCAAUAUUAAACAAAGUGUUGUCCCGAAAUUCAACGGAAAGAGCAGCAUCAUAAGACAGAGCAUGAUCCGACACAGCUCAACUAAAUCUGGCCUCGAAAUUCCUGUGAAAUCAGCAGGAGAAUAUAGUACACUGCCUUAUGUGAUUACCAAUGAUAUGUAUGACGAGAAGUGGAUUGACAAGCAGGAGCGCUCUUUUUCUCAAUGGCUUAAUCACGAGUUUAAUGUCGCUUUGGAUUCAUUCUCGGCCAAAGAUCCGUCAUCAUGGAGCUACUACUCUCAUAAACUUGAGUUUGAACAUACACGAGCGGCUGCAUGCAAAAUAUAUCAAUCGGAUACUUUUCGGAUCGUAUUGCGCAAAGUAGAAGAGUCUAUAGGCAAAGACCGACUUCAACUUCGGCCGGACAUUAGCCUGGCUGGCGACAUAGGGGCAAGGCGAGAAAUCAUCGACCUUUUCUUCUCAUUCGAUAUCCGAUGGCUGGUCCUUGGACUCGAAACAGUAACUGGGAAGGCGACAGCAAUUAACCCCAAUUUUGAUAGAAGCGUUAUUUCAGGAUUCAUCAAUAAGGCUAUUUUUCAUGAUAAGCAACUUGAAGAUGAAUUCGAACCAGAUCGCAUCUUAUCCAAUCGUCCAAAAUUCAAUCAGGCAAUGAAUAAGCUGAUUUUGAAACGGAUUUUCAUGCUCAUCUUGUUUCUGGAUAAAGCUAAAAUAGCACGGCUUAUACCUUCGGACCCGUGUCUCUUCAACAAGGGUUCUGAAGUCAAAUCGUGCCGAACGCUGCUCUUGACUAUAUCCAAAAACUAUCUCUUAGGUGAAGGAGACAUCAUUCGACACCUUCUGUUUAUGGGUUAUUCAGUGCUCCAUAUUCAAGCACCAAUCGACGAAUUCGACUAUACAGUUAAGAACCUGGCAGUAGACUUGAGAGACGGUGUUCGUCUGUGUCGACUUAUUGAUUUACAUUGCCCAGAGUUAAAUCUCUGUCUGAAAAUGAAAUUCCCAACACUCUCAAAGGCCCACAUGCAGCAGAAUGUUAGUCUAGCCCUAAACGCGCUGGUAAAACAAGGAAUAUCUUUGGAAGGCACUCGAGGGGGCGUUGUCACUCCUCGAGAUAUAGUUGAGGGACAUCGAGAAAAGACAUUUGGAUUGCUGUGGAAAUUGAUCCUCAACUGGAAAGUUGCCGUCCUACUUGAUCUCGGUUUGCUCCAGGCAGAAAUCGAUGCCUUAAAGAAAGAGUACAGAAGGAUAUAUGGCAGAGAACAGCCCGACAGAGUCGACACCGUAUACUUCACUUCCAAUCAGCUGUCAGCUUUACUGCAGUGGUGCCAAGCAAUUGGAUCCUUCUAUAAUCUUUCUAUCAAUAACUUUACUACCUCAUUUUCGGAUGGCCGUGCUUUCGGGGCGUUACUGAGCUACUAUCAUCCUGCAUUGCUUGACAUGGAUGAGAUGAAGGACUCGGCCAAGUUUUUGGAGGAGUACAAACAGGGCCUCCAUCAGCCCGAGCCGGAGCUACCAGAAGGCAAUGAUGGAAAGGGUUGGUUCAUAGACACCAGAGAUAUCAAGGAUCCCAUCACUCAAGCGAAAGAGAUGGAUCGAUUUAAUUACCGGUUGCUGCACAACAAAGUACAGGCGCUAGGUGGCGUCCCUAUUACUUUGCGCCAUUCAGACAUGGCAAACGUAGGAGUACCGGAUGAGAAGGCGGUUAUUCUCUUUGUUACUUAUCUAUGCGCGAGGAUCAUGCACCUAAAUAAGGAUAUCAGGGCUGCCAAAACAAUUCAGCGUAUCUGGCGUAAAAAUCACUAUGGUCGGAAGGAAGAGAAGAGGAUCAAUGCCACCCUUGUGAUGCAGAAGUACAUCCGCAAGUUCCUAUCACGAAGGCGCCUACAAACCCUUAUGCAACAGCGGAAUAGUGCUGCUUUGCUCAUUCAGACAAGCUGUCGCAUGUAUUUGGCGCAGACCCGUGCUAUCCGCAAGUUGGAGAAUGUGAUUAGACUUCAAGCUUAUUUCAGGACUUUCAUGGCGAGGAAAAGAUUUGUGGAGCUUCAGUGGGCAGCAUUGACUACUCAACGAUAUCGCCGUGGACAUGCCGCUCGACAAUACUAUGGCAUGGUUGUGGGGAUCCAUCGAGCUGUGUGUAUGAUUCAAAUGCAAGCUCGCGGGUAUCUGGUUCGUAAGCAGUUUCUAUUACUGCGACUGGCGGUUGAAGUGGUUCAGUCACGGCGACAGGCUUUAAUAGAGGGCCGGAGAGUUCAAAGUCUUUACAUGCGGUUUGUGAACGCAUCAAUCAUCAUUCAGCGAAGAUGGAGGGCAUUUGUCGCUGGGAGGAGUGUCCGACAAACUUAUUUGUGGCAGAAGAAUUGGGUUAUCCGUAUUCAAGCCCUUAUUCGAGCGAAGUUGGCGCAGCAGACUAUUUUAGAGAUGCAGCAGGCAGCUAUUAUCAUUCAACGUCAGAUACGUGGAUACAACAUGACCAGAACACUGCGCUAUAGGUUUCUAGAGAAACGCUGGGCUGCAUAUGUUAUACAGACACGUUGGCGCGCCUGCAUCGCCGGCAGUGAGGUCAAGCACGAGUACCAAAUGCUUCGCAGGGCGACUAUAUUCAUUCAGAGUAUUAUUCGCGGGAAUAUUGUGCGGCGUCGGUAUAAUGAGCUUCGUACUGCCGCAUUAGCAGUUCAACAGCGCCGCAGGGCAUUUAUCGAGGGACGCAGGCAAGAAUUCCAGUUCCUACAAGUGCGCUAUGCUACGCGAGUUAUCCAAAACCGAUGGAGAGCGUUGCAGUUAGGCCGUGAAACAAGAGCACAAUAUGCGGAGUCGCGCACGAAUAUUAUCAAUAUACAGGCUACAAUCCGCGGCUAUCUACUUCGUCAACGGUUGAUCAAAGUUAUGCGAGAGAAUCGAGCCUGCAUGACAAUGCAAGCCACAUGGCGAGGCUACGUUCAGCGUCAAAAAUAUGUGCGUCUCAGGAACGCAGCAAUUGUGAUUCAAAAUAGAUGGAGGGCAGUGCAACAAGGACGUCGGGAUCAGCGCGCAUUCAAGGAGUAUCAGUGGAGCGCAGCUGUUAUUCAACAAUUUUGGCGCGCAUGCAGCAUUGGCCGAAUUGUCCGAUUCAAAUAUCAGCGACUACGGCAUGCUGUCAUUACUAUUCAAUCAAUUUAUCGUGGUCAUGUUGCAAGACGAAAGGUCAUGGCUCUCCAUGUGAUCGUUGGUAUCCAGGCAACAAUACGCAUGAGAUAUGUACGCUGGCAAUUUAUCCGGCUGCAAAUGGCAGCGAAAAUUAUUCAACGACGAUGGCGAGCACAUCAACUAGGUACUGAGCAACGUAUGAUAUACGAACAUCAACGUUUCGCAGCAAUCAACAUUCAACGUAGAUGGCGUGCGGUGUUGGAAGGUAGAAAGGUGCAACAAGCCUAUCAGGUGACUCGUACUUCUGUGAUUGCCAGUCAAGCUCACAUAAGAGGUAUAUUGGUCCGUGAUGCUUUUCAGGAACUGCGAUGGGCAGCGAUUGUUUUUCAAAGGAGGUGGCGCACUCGUGUGGAAGGGCUGGCUCAAAGACAGGCGUUUUUGGAACAAUGGUCGGCUGUUAGGAAAAUUCAAGCUGCAUGGAGAGCUUGCCAGCUUGCACAGAGGCAACGGCAUGCUUAUCUUGAUCUUCGAUGGGCUUCAAUCGCGAUUCAGCGGCGCUGGAGACAUAUUCUUCAUACCCGAGCGAUGGCUAAGGAGGCUGAGAACGAGCGUAACGUAGCAGCAACGAUGAUUCAGACCGCCAUUCGAGGUUAUCUUGUUCGCGAUAGGGUUUGUCAGCAUCUAGAAGAACGGAGCCGCAUUAUAAUGCGCUGGGUUGAGCUGUCAUCGAUUUCGUUCUCUGCCAUUGUGAUCCAACGUUGUUGGCGGAGGUACAGAGGCAGGAAACUUGCGAGAUUACAUGAAGCUUCGGCUCUGGCAAUCCAGCGAUGGUGGCGUCGAGCUGUGAAAGUACGACAGACGUAUCGAUUGGUUGUGCUAGUGUAUAGGAUGCAAACUCAGAUUCGAGGUGUUCUGGCCCGUCAAAAGUUUCAUCAUCAACAAGCUGCCGUCCUUAAAGUGCAAUCGUGGUGGCGUGGCCACCUUGUUCGCAGGGAUUGCAAUGCCAAGAUUAAAGCAGCCCGAAAGAGGAUUGAGUAUGCAAACGCAACGGCAGAGGAACACAUGAAACUUGGAAAUCGGACAACCAUGGCCUUGGAAAUCCUGCUCAGUAGUGGGCAGCUAUCUGCAGUCCUUAAAGCCUGCUAUCAUUUGGAUGUGGUCACACGACUAUCCAAGAACAGCUGCUUGCGCCUUGUGGAGCAUAAUGUCGUCAAUAUCAUCUUCCAAUUGAUCAAGUCUUGUAAUCGUAGUCAGCCUCACAUGGAGGUUCUGAAACAUGGCCUUAAUAUCAUUGAAAACCUUUCGCGUGAUCGUGACACAAUAGAUUCUGUCUUUUGGGCACCUGGGGGAAUCGAGAUCCUGGUAGACAGUGCGCAGGCCUACCGUGAGAAUGAGAUGGUGUUUGAAUCUGUUGUGACAAUUCUACUGAUCCAUCUAGAACAGGAUGAGAGCCGAAGAAGGAUUGUGAGGGCCAUGGUACCGGAAGUUAAGAAGCUGAAGGGCGUCCUGACAGUCAUGGAGCGUAAAGUGGAGCGAGAGCAACGGAGCAAGAGUCUAUAUACUGCUCCUAACAAGUCACUACGCCUCUUAUUGGCUUCUGUUGGAAAACUUCGUAGAGUUGUUGAGUUUUUGCGGUAAUGAUGUCCUUGUAAAAUUUAUCCGCAGGUCUUCAAGAUACCAAUAAUUUUUUAGAAUGUAUUUAAUAAUUAAAGUUGGAG